AUGUGCUNUGACCAAAUAUCAGUCUUUACCAAUCACUUUCAUGUUGAUAUUAGUAAUGCUAUCGUGUAUCAGUACGACAUUGAUAUUGUUAUGAUUGGUCAUAAUGGUAAAUCUUUUCCUGCACGUAAAGAUGAUCGUUGGGAUGUCGUACAAACCUUUAUUAAGGAAAAGAAAGAUUUUCCUGUCGUGUGGUACGACGAAGGAAAAACAUUAUAUGCACGAGAAAUAUUGCCUGAUUUAACGUUACCUAUUCAGAUAAAAGUUAGAAAAGACGAAGAAACGAAAACAUUUCAAUUGAACAAACUAAAUCUUGUUCGUCAAGAUAGAAUUGAAAGCAUAAAUGAUUUUAUUCAAAAGAAGACGAAUGUUCGUCCACAGGAGAUAGUUCGAACCAUUGAAACAUUGUUCAAACAACGUGCUCGAAAUGAUCUUAUCUGCAUUCGAAAUCAAUUUUACGAUCGACGUCGACAACUGGAUGAUCUUCAUGAUGGUCGUGGUGUAGCAAAAGGUUUUUCUCAAUCAUUAUUCCUCACACGAACAGGACCAACAUUGAAUGUCAAUUUAACAUUUACAUGUUUUUAUAUGCCACUCAAUUUUGUUCAAUUUGCUUGCAAAUACUUACGAAAAGAUAUUACUACAAAUUUCAAUGAACGAGAAAAAAAAGCAUUUGAAAAAAUUAUUCGCAAUUUAUCGAUUGAAACAAUGCAUACAGGUCGUAGAAUUUUCUAUCGACUACAUGAAUUUGGUCGUUCUGCCAAUGAAAUUAUGUUUCCUAUUGAUGAAGGCAAUGAAGGAACAUCAGAUGCUACUGGAUCUAAACAGAUUAGUGUUGUAGAUUAUUUAAAAAAAAAAUAUAAUAGAAAACUUAUGUAUCCACAUUUGCCAUGUAUUAAUGGAAUAAAGGGAAAUCAAAGUAAACCAAACUGGUUACCGAUGGAAGUAGUCACGUUAGUUGAAUGGCAACGUGCAAUAAAACCAUUGGAUAAAUCACAACGAGGUAAUGUUUCCAAAAAUACAAUUAUUGAACCAGAAGAACGUUACACUGAAGUCAUGAAAAUCAUACGUAAUAAUCAAUAUGAGAGAGAUCCUUAUCUCAAAGAAUUGAAUAUUCAUGUGCAUGACAAAGAAAUGCUUGAAAUUAAUGCACGUGUACUUUCGCCUCCAGAAAUAAAAUAUCGUCGUCGUGGUCAAGGUGAAGUCAUUGAACAUGUCAAUUAUGGUACAUGGCGCAUUCGAAAUUGGUUCUAUACAACAUCAAAAAUUCAUUCAUGGGGAAUGAUCUAUUUUGGCGAUACACCUGAUGAAUAUACCAAUAAUGUUCUUGAAGAUUUCCAAGAUCGACUACCAAAAUUAUUAAAACGAAAUGGUUUUAUAAUUCAUACUGAUCCAUCAUUAAUAAUAAAAAGUUCACGAGAAAAUGAUAUUCAUUGUACCUUACUUGAUGCUAGUAAAGAAAAAUGGCAAUUGGCUAUUGUUAUUCUUAAUAGUUACACUACGGAUACGCUCUAUAGCAUUGUUAAAAGUCAUGCCAAUCAAAAGAUUGGUUUGAUGACACAAUGUGUUAACUAUCAAGCUUUGAAACACAACAUUAACAAAUUAGAAAUGUAUGUGGAAAACAUCAGUCAAAAAAUUAAUGGAAAAUUAGGCGGUAUUAAUGGUGUCAUCAAUAUUAAAUCAGCUCUUAAUCAUUCUUCAAAAGAUGAUCUUUUUAUGUUUUUUGGAGCUGAUGUCACACAUUCAACAUCUUCAUCUGAUCGACCAUCAAUAGCAGCUGUUGUUGGUUCUCGAGAUUUAACUAACAGUUUAUAUGCUGCUAGAAUUUGUGAACAAUAUCCCAAAAAGGGUCGUUGUUCAAUAGAAAUCAUCAAAGAAUUAGACACGAUGGUCAUUGAUUUACUUCGAGUCUUUGCUGAUUCAUGUGGUGAUCGUCUUCCGAAUAAAAUUGUAUUUUAUCGAGACGGUGUAGAUGAGGGACAUUAUCAGAAGGUACUUAAUCAUGAAGUUAAUAAAAUAAAGAGUGCAUGUCGCAUCGUCUAUGGUAACAGAGAAUUACCGCAAUUAACAUUUAUCGUUGUAAAAAAACGUCACAAUACACGAUUCUUUUUAUAUGAUGGUCAACAUACUAUGAAUGUUCAAGCGGGUACUGUCAUUGAUCAAGACAUAAUACAUCCAUCUCAAUUUGAUUUUUAUUUAUGUUCGCAAGCUGCAAGAAUGGGUACAUCACGACCAGCUUUAUAUCAUGUUCUUCAUGAUGAUAUUGGAUUUACCAGUGAUGCUAUCCAACAACUUACUUAUUGGCUUUGUCAUACAGAUAUGCGUUGUACGAAAUCUGUUUCGAUACCAGCUCCGGUUCAUUAUGCUCAUUUAGCAGCUUAUGCAGCGCGAACUCUAAAAUUUGGCGAAGAUGAUGAUAAAGAAAGUCUCGAUGAAGAUACAGAAGAACCAGAAAGUUAUUCGUUGGAUGAUAUCAAAACGAAACUAAUGACACUGGAUGAAAAACUUGUCGAUGAUAUGUGGUUUUUGUAA